AUGCGGCAGGUGUUCCAUCUUCUUGGGGUGGAAAAAUUGCGAACUUCGCCGUAUCACCCACAAACUGAUGGGCAGGUCGAAAGAUUAAACCGGACCUUGAAGGGAAUCCUUACAGCGUACGUGAAUAAAGACCACAUUGAUUGGGACGUUCAUUUACCUCUCGCCUUGUUUGAAUACAGCAACAGCGUACAUUCAUCGUCAGGAGUUUCGCCAUUUAGAGCGGUUUAUGGUCGUGAAGCCAGCACACCGUUAGUGCUGAUGGGCACCCAGACAGAGGCAAAGGAACAGUUUAUCUCUAACUACUGCGAUGAGUCAGAAAAGUCCCUGAAGGACGUGCCACGCUUUGUGAAAGAAAAGAUUAUUGAGGCACAGAGGAAGCAGAAAAAGGGAUACGAUGAUCGCAACAACAUUGACAAAAGCACGCCGUUUAAGGUUGGAGAACGGGUUUGGCUCAACGACACAGCGGUUCCAAAAGGGCUUAGUCGAAAGUUCCACCUGCAGUGGCCCGGGCCUUACAUGGUCCUAAACCGUCUUGGUGGCACGAAUUACCACAUUAAGCCCGAAUCAGGAAAUCGGAAACCUAAAGUGGUCCACCGCAAUCGUCUGAAAUCAGCCCUUUGCCGACUAAGAGUGGAAGAAGGCAUAUCAACGUGCUCCCCGAAAGAAACCCAAUAUACCGCAUUGCAGACCAACGAACCGACGAUUCAUCAUCCAGAGAAUUUAGUCGUGCAGCCUGCCCAGCAAGAGGGGACUAACAUGCUACGAAGGUCCACCCGUCAGCGUAGACAACCGGACAGAUAUCAGGACUAUAACCUAGAUGAGGUAGAGAUCGAGGACGCUCUCAAUUAG